AUGUCUUCUCACGCCUUUUCGGAUGUAGAGGGAAACAUAAGCCCCUAUAUCGACCGAGAUGAGAUCCAGUCAAGUCUCCUUAAUUGGCGAGCUCCGUGGGCAAUGAGUUGGAAAAUGGCAACGCAGUUUCCACAUUUCAAGUCCGGUUCAAGAGAUUUGAAAGAUAUAUCCAACAGAGAUGGUCCUCUCUUAAGCGUCUACGAAAAAGCGGCGCAAUGUAUUUUUCUUUGUCUGAGAAGUAACGAAGACUUCUAUGCUAUUCAAAUCCCGUGCAUGCGACCGGGGAAACGUCGGAUUAAAAGCAGACAAAUAGAAGAACAUGAUGGAGUUUUUCGAUGUAAAUCCGGUGGAGAAAUAUAUGAGCCGCCGAUUAUCAAAAAAGACGGAUUUGAGGACGACAGUGCUAUAUGGACUAGAAUGAAGCAGGUGUAUUUCAACGAGUCUGGUUCAUGGAAGCGAUGGCUCCCAUUCUACGGACCAACUGCAGUGCGAGAAGUUGAGUUUCAAUUUGUGGGGACAAAUAACGUGGCUAGACGCUUUCAGAUAUUCGAGUUGACGCACGUUAACGAGGAAAAGACCCGAGCGAAAGCUGAUCAGACAAUUGCUUCGGUACCGAACGAAGUUGACUAUGAAUAUGACAACGGCUGCAUGGGAUUCCAACACAGCACGAAAUGUCCGGCAUCGUUCGAUGGUGACAGCGAGUGCAUCUUAGAUAUGGCGGAUGAUGCUCUUCAUUUAAAAAGGAGGCUUGGUAUGCUUUUCCUCCUAAAAGAUUGCGCAAGGGAUCCGCGAAAGGCAAACGGGCUGAAUACCUUGGAGGGGAUGGCUCAAGAGGGCUGUAUAUAUGAUUUGACGAAAAUCAAUAUACCUCGGCGUCAACAACCAUAUACCCAUGCAGACAAGAUAAGGGGACUUGAGAUUACGAUGGGUUGGCAGUCUGAGCUCAUAGAUUUCAAUUUACCUCGCUUUAUUACGUGGACAUGGCUCUGUCUAGCUAUAAUCUGGUCUGCUGUGAUAAUAUGGGGAGGCGAAACAAAGGAUUGGAGUGGUGCCAUGGCUUUUGGACAACUUCUAGCGGCAUGUUUAUCAAUAAUUGCACUCCACGCUAGUAAAUGA